GAAAAUGAACGGAUGCCAACGGCGCAUUACGCUCUGAUGCACAAUGAACUCGAAGCAGUCCAGUUCCUGAUCGGUCAUGGGUUUCAAGUGGACUCGGUUGUGGAACCUGCUAACAGGACGUUAUUGCAUGCAUUGUGUCAAAAAAGUCCAGAAGAUAAGAAACAUUCGGAACAUCUCGGUUUGGCACAAUCCCUUCUAAGCAAGGACGGCAAUGCAUUUGUAGCUGAUGCUAAUGGAAACACUCCAGUGCAUGUUGCUUUACUUCACUUCAAUACCUCUAUGUUUGGUUUGCUAAUGGAACACGUGAAAGAGGCUGAUUUGAAUGCUGCAAACAACAUGGGUUUCCCGUUAAUAUGGCUGGCGUUGGUUGCUGACUUUGGAUUCGAUCAGAGGACGUUACUCGAUGCAAUUGGAUUUUCACGUUCUUGUUCUAGCCCACAAUCAUGUUCGUUUUCCAAAACUCUUGUGCUUGCGGGAGCAGACGUCAACUAUCGGUUUGCCAAAAGCGUGAAAGAAUCUUCGAAUCGAGUUGAUGCGAUGCCUGAUACGAAUCUACCAGAAGCCGGUGACACUUUAUUGAUCGCCUGUGCGCGCUGUGGUCUUGAUGCAGCCGCUUUAUUUCUUUUGCAACAACCUGCCUGUUUAGUAAAUGCUGAAUCGGCGACGGUUCCCGGUGAGACAGUGUUUCACGUAGCCAUCGAGUCCAAACUGACCUCUCUCUGCCAUAGUCUAGCAACUUCAUAUCAAGCUGACCCCAAUCGGCUGCGGAUGAAGGAAGUUCGGUGCAAAUCGUUCCCCACCAAACCUUCCUGUCCACAGCAACCCAGCCCACCUCCUCCGUUUGCGGAGACGAAAAAGCUAGAACCAUUUGAUCUUUUCCCUGAUGAUGAAGAGUUCCUUCAACAUCCAACACGACCGGUCAACGAAGAUCAGUUUGUCACACCGUUUGAUGCGGAAUCUUUGUCUGAACGCCUAGAUCCUGACGGUGAGGGUCAGAAUCUGAGUGUUUCUGAGGUCAGUUUAGAAAAAGCUACUCCUGUCCAGCAAGCGGAAGCACCCUGUCGACAGACGGAAAAGCGAACGCCUUUGCAUCUAGCCAUGGCCCGUGGAAUGACCCAACUUAUUGAACUCUACCUCGAUCAAAAGGCUAACUGUGAACCGGAUUGGCUGCUGCAGGACGAGACGGGGGAUUCAGUUUUCAGCUUGGCCCUAUGGACUGCACAAUUCGAUCUAGCUAGCCGUAUUCUUAUUGCUGCCUCCCGCCAAUAUCAACAGCAUGCUGUCCAACCAUUGCCUAACGGAUCAACGAACAACACGGUGAUGCAGUUCGACUGCGGAACGGGUCUGUCGCUGCUACAGCGGGCCGUGGAGCGAGAUCAGCUUGAAGCAGUUCGCUUUCUUCUUCGUCAUCGUGUUGAUGCGAACAUCAGCUUUGGCUCAUCUGGAACACCUCCGACUUCGAAUUUGGAUGUUGAGCGUCAAUUACUCUCCAUCAACCUCAGUCUCGCCGAUUCUAUAGUCUGUCCUUUAUGGUCUUCGCUGCUGAGAAAUCAGCCGAAUAUUGCUCAACUUUUGUACCGAGUACUACGCAAUGUUGUCAAUGAUUCCGCAUCUGGCACGAUUGUUCGGGAUCUCAGCCUUCCGAUCCGAGUUUAUUGUGCAUGCGUAAACACCAAAGAGGAGUUAGUGGCUGCUUGUGGUGACAGUCUACACAACAGCUUUGACGGUUGCUUUUGGUCGCUUUGCUUCUAUCGAAUCGAUGGAUUGUCUUUUCAGAACGAAUGUUUCCUCGGAUAUCUGCGUGGUUGUGAUGUAAAUGCCACCCCUCGAUAUCCACAAAUGUUCAAAACCCAUACAGCUUGGCAUCCUUUGCACAUGGCUUCCGCUAACGGAUUGCUCGAAACGGUCCGAUGUUUGUUACGAUGUGGGCGUGCUGAUGUAAAUCGACAGGACAUCGACGGAAACACAGCUGUACACUUAGCUGUUUGUGCUGGCCACAACCGAAUUGUUGAGAUUCUUCUACAGUGUCCGGUGUUGGACUGUGGCGUGAAAAACUCCCUAGGCCAUACAGCGUUUCAUGUAGCCAUGGAAUGUCGCAACGUUAAAGCUGCUCAGUCCCUACUUUCACGGGAUUCAACUUUGGCAUUGCAGACCGAUAACCUGGGGAGAAAUUUCCUUCACAUCGCUCUACAAAAUGUGGAUCGCGCUGCUGUGUUUUUCCUUAUUCAAACUGGGAUGAAUCUGAAUCAGUGCGUAAACGAUUCCACGCAAUACACACCUUUGCACUUAGCUAUAAUAGCUGGGGUGCCAGAGGACGUCUUUCGCAGUCUACUACUAGCUGGGGCAUCGAUCAGUUCACGAACUCCACAGAAGCAUACUCCAUUACACUUAUGCAUACUACACAAUCGCCCCGAGUUGCUCAAUUGCCUGAUUGAAAACGGUGCCGAGGUCAACGAACAGGAUUCAGAAAUGAACACACCCCUUCAUUUGGCUGUCAGGAACGCCAAUAUUCCAUGUUUGACGAUACUUUUGGCACAGCCUCAGACCGAUUGUUGCAUAAUGAAUAUCCGAGGUCAACUCCCGAUCCACCUCCUUGCGGAACAAAAUUCUGCCACAGCUGUUGAAAUUCUUCAACAUCUUUUCGAAGUUUGUGUAACCCCGCAAAUCAACUCCAAGGAUGCGGCUGGGAAUACUCCUCUACUUUUGGCCUAUCGUUCCGGGAAUGUGCCAUUGUGUAUUGCGUUAGUUCAUGCCGGUGCAUCCCUUGGGUUAACCAAUGCUGAUGGUCACUCGAUGUUCAGUCUCAGUCGCCUGCGGAAGCGAUCGGCAUCUCCAGAUCGGAUACUGAUGCAAAUCCUAGACUCUCUGAUGCAAGAACCUCUUUGGGAAGAUGGACCGAGUUGUGUUGAAUGCCAAGCGAAAUUUGGAUUGACCUACCGGAAGCACCAUUGUCGCCACUGUGGUCGCCUUCUUUGUGCGCAAUGUUCCAACUUCGAGGUUCCGAUUAUCAAGUUCGGCAUAAACAAACCGGUUCGCGUAUGUGAAACAUGCUUUGACUUUUUGAAUAAUCCCCUCGGUCUCUGAUCGAAUAUGCCAUUUAUUGCCUCUCGUACUGACGAUCUCCUUUACUUUGAUUUCGGACUAGGGGGCCCUACUUUUUUUCCCGGCGUACUUUUGCGCUGAGUUACUGUUUUUAUUUUUCCUAUACUCUGUGAUACAUUUGAAAGUUUCAAUGUGAUGGCUCAUACAAUCUACCCUACUUGAUUUCCUUCGUUGAUUGAACCUUGUACAUUCAAGAGUCACAAUAUACCAGUGCAUCUUCA